UUCCGGGAGAGUGCCCAGAAGAGGAAAGGCGGCGGCGACGGCGGAGGUGGCCAGAGGAUGAAGAAGGAGCAAGUGCUGCACUGUCAGUUUUCCGCAUGGUACCCACUGUUCCGAAGCCUCACCAUCAAGAGUGUCAUUCUUCCACUUCCUCAGAAUGUGAAGGAUUAUUUACUUGAUGAUGGAACCCUGGUGGUUUCAGGAAGAGAAGAUCCACCAGCAUGCUCUCAGCCAGACAUGGAUGAUGAAGCAGAAGAGAUACAGUGGUCAGAUGACGAGAACACGGCCACACUGACGGCACCAGAAUUUCCUGAGUUCACCACUAAAGUUCAAGAAGCUAUAAAUUCCUUAGGGGGCAGUGUGUUUCCGAAGCUUAACUGGAGUGCUCCAAGGGAUGCAUACUGGAUAGCAAUGAAUAGCUCUCUGAAAUGUAAAACCCUCAGUGACAUCUUUCUACUUUUCAAGAGUUCUGAUUUCAUCACUCGUGACUUCACUCAACCAUUUAUUCAUUGUACUGAUGAUUCCCCAGAUCCUUGUAUGCAAUAUGAGCUUGUUCUUCGAAAAUGGUGUGAAUUGAUUCCUGGAGCUGAGUUUCGAUGUUUUGUCAAGGAAAACAAGCUUAUUGGUAUUUCUCAGAGGGACUACACACAAUACUAUGAUCAUAUUUCCAAACAAAAGGAAGAAAUUUGCAGGUGCAUACAGGAUUUUUUCAAGAAAUACAUACAAUACAAAUUCUUAGAUGAAGACUUUGUAUUUGAUAUAUAUCGAGACAGUAGGGGGAAGGCAUGGCUAAUUGAUUUUAAUCCAUUUGGUGAAGUAACAGAUUCUCUACUGUUUACUUGGGAAGAACUGACAUCUGGAAGAAACUUGAAAGCCGAUCUCAGUGAAGGAGAUGUUCUGGAACAGGAUUCUCCAGCAUUUCGUUGCACAAACAGUGAAGUUACAGUCCAGCCCAGUCCUUACCUGAGUUAUCGAUUACCUAAGGAUUUUGUAGACCUUUCUACUGGUGAAGAUGCUUACAAGCUAAUAGAUUUUCUUAAACUGAAAAGAAAUCAGCAAGAGGAUGAUUGA